AACAGGGGUAGUGGCAGGCAGAGGGAGAAGCAGAUUUUCUGCUGAGCACGGAACACCCCCCACCCCUCCCCCACUCCCCAGUGCAGGAUCCAUCCCAGGACCUUGGGAUCAUGACCUGAGCCGGAGGCAGACACUUAACUGCCUGAGCCCCUCAGGCACCCCAGUGAUCUGUUUUAUAGAAUCAAAUACGAUGUUGUGUAAUCUCAAACCAUACCUUGUUCUAAUCUUCAUUCUAUUUGUGUUUAGAAUGCUUGCUUUUUUAAAAAAUUGUGUGGGGAAAGACAAUUUUCUUGUUUUAAGGAAGUGCUUAUUGCCCUGGGAACUUAGUACAUUUUAUUUUAUUUAAGAUUUUAUUUAUUUAUUUAUUUGAGAGAGAGAAUGAGAGAGAAAGAGAGUGUGGGAGGAGGGAAGGUCAGAGGUAGAAGCAGACUCCCCACCAAGCAGGGAGCCCAGGACUCCGGGAUCUCAACCUGAGCCAAAGGCAACCACUCAACCAACUGAGCCACUCGGGUGCCCAACUUAGUACAUUUUGAAAAUAGUGAAACUGACGCUCACUUCUUAGGAUCUGCCUGUGGCUUCUGCAUUCUGGUUCCUAUUUACUAUUCCAUUACAUUCAGGGACAUGUCUCCAUUUGGGGACAACAAGUCACUCCUCAGAUUCACUGAUACUAGAAAGCUUGUCCUCCCCCUUUCUUCCUUCCUUCCUUCCUUUCUUUCCUUCCUUCAAGAUUUUAUUUAUUUAUUUGACAGAGAGAGACACAGUGAUAGAGGGAACACAAGCAGGGGAGCAGCUGAGGGAGAGGGAAAAACAGGCUUCCUGCUAAGCCGGGAGCCGGAUGGGGGACUUGAUCCCAGAAUCCUGGGAUCAUGGCCCAAGCUGAAGGCAGACGCUUACCGACUGAGCCACCCAGGCGUCCCUCGUCCACUUUCUAACUCACUACUUCUCUUAGUGGGGGGCAAGAGGAGGGAGACCAUGAAGUAAUUUGGCCCAAAAGAUUUUCGCUUCCUGUUCCUGACGGGCCGCUGGAGUAAAAGGAUUUGAGGAGGUGAUAAUGUUCAUAUAAAGCAGAAGCAGAAUUCGUUACAACCACAAUACAGAAUUUCUGCCUCUGUGGGCAGGAUCCUGGUACAGUCCAUGUCUUCCGCCCCUCUGCCACCCCUGGGAUCUGUGUCUUCAGUCGCCGGGGUAGUCAGACCAGGCUUCCUAUGGCAGGAUGGAUCUUGUGCAGCCCCUGGGUGUGGUCAUCCGUUCUGGCAAGCGUGUCUGUCUCUGUCUUGCUUUCUUUUUUUUCUCUUUUCCAGAUGAUUGGUGAUCAAUCUCUCCACCUGCCGGUAUGAGAGCGUGCGCAGGGCGGCCCAGCGAUAUGGCCUUCGAGAAGGAGGAGAGACCAAUGACUGGACUCUCUAUUGGACGGACUACUCGGUGUCGCUGGAGAGGGUGAUGGAAAUGAAAAGUUACCAGAAAAUCAAUCACUUCCCAGGGAUGAGUGAAAUCUGCCGCAAGGACUUGCUGGCCAGGAAUAUGAGCCGUAUGUUGAAGCUGUUCCCUAAGGAUUUCCACUUUUUCCCUAGGACCUGGUGUCUUCCUGCCGACUGGGGAGAUUUGCAGAACUACAGCAGGUCAAGAAAAAAUAAGACAUUCAUUUGUAAGCCGGAUUCGGGCUGCCAAGGGAGAGGUAUAUUCAUCACCCGGACGGUGAAAGAUAUCAAGCCAGGCGAAGAUAUGAUCUGUCAACUCUAUAUUUCAAAGCCCUUUAUCAUUGAUGGGUUCAAGUUUGACCUACGGAUUUAUGUGCUGAUGACCUCCUGUGACCCUCUCAGGAUUUUUGUGUACAACGAAGGCCUGGCACGCUUCGCCACCAGCUCCUACUGCCACCCCAGCCCAGACAACGUGGACGAUAUCUGCAUGCACCUGACUAAUUAUUCCAUUAAUAAGCACAGUUCCAAUUUCAUUCAAGAUGCUCACACCGGAAGCAAGAGGAAGCUCUCCACCUUCAACAUGUACAUGGAGACCCAUGGCUACAACAUGGAGCAGAUCUGGAGAGACAUGGAGGACGUCAUCAUCAAGACCAUCAUCUCCGCCCACCCCAUCAUCAAGCAUAACUACCACACCUGCUUCCCCAACCACACCCUCAACAGCGCCUGCUUUGAAAUCCUGGGCUUCGACAUUUUGUUGGACCACAAACUCAAGCCCUGGCUGCUGGAGGUUAACCACUCUCCGAGCUUCUCCACCGACUCCUGGCUCGAUAAAGAGGUGAAAGACAGUCUGCUCUAUGACACCUUGGUCCUGAUCAACCUGGGAAACUGUGACAAAAAGAAAGUCUUGGAGGAGGAGAGACAACGGGGGCGAUUCCGGCAGCAAUGUCGUUCUCGGGAGACCAGGAUGGAGGAAGUCAAGGGUUUCCAGGCUGUCCAGUUGGAGAAAACUGAGAAGUACGAGCAGGAGAAUCGUGGGGGGUUCCGCCUGAUUUAUCCUACUCUGAAUUCGGAGAAGUAUGAGAAGUUUUUCCAGGACAACAGCUCCCUCUUCCAGAAUACUAUUACCUCCAGGGCUCGGGAGGAGUAUGCCCGGCAGCUGAUCCAGGACCUGAGGCUGAAGCAGGAGAAAAAGUCCUUCCCAGUGAAGGAGAAGAAGGUGGAGAUGCAGGGGGAGUCGGCGGGCGAGCAAGCGAGGGGCAAGAGGACGAAAAGCUGCCGACAGAGACCCCAGCAGAAACCCCAGGCCGCCACCUUCACCUUCAAACAACAUCUCCAGCCAAUGGCAUUGGUAUCCUGCACACCGGACUUCUUCCUGAGUGUCAGAGAUGCAAAGACAAAUGAGACAGACAGCAGCCUUGACCCAGAAGGGGCCAGCCCUCCUCCUUGCGAGCCUAUAGCUGCAAGGCGUUACACAUCUGUACCUGACCUCAGCCACUCGAACCUUCUCAGCUGCCCGGGGCUGGAGCUCAGUCAACCCAUCUCCAGAAUCGAGGAGGUCAAAUCUGCCUCUGCAGUGAACAUAUUUCCCAGCACAGGGCCCUUAGCCUCCAUAGAAACGUGCCCAGCUCCUACCACUCAGGUCUCAGACUCCCCAGAGCCUCUGCCUGGUGGGACCGGGACAACCAGCUCUGGCUGCGGUAGCCCCGAGAUGGACAAGGUGGUCUUUAAAUACAAGGAGCAUCACUUCCCGCAAGACCUCAUCCAGGGGAAAAUAUCCAAAAUUUGCCUUCCAGCAAAAUCCCAGAGCUUCUCACGAAGUCUGAAGCCAAGCUGGCCGGCACUGGAGAAUGAGACUCAGAAGCAGCCCCUGCUGUCGGAGCUCUUCACCAAGGUCCCACUUCGGGAGAAGCUCUCCCUGUUCCCAGCUUGCGGCAGCCCAAAGCUGGGGCAGAGUCACAAGUCACAAAACCACUGCCUGCCCUGGGAGUGCUGCUUCAGCAGCCGAAGCUCUGGCGAGAAGAGGCAGCUGCGUCUGUCCUCGCUCCUGCUCCUGCACAGUCCUCCCAGCCAUGAAAUGACCCUCAGCGACCUGCUGGUGGUCGCCACCCCAGCCCGACUGGAUCCGAGGCCUGGCAGGAGCUACAGCAGCACCGCAAGAGACCCGUGUCAGGAAGCCUACAGCCGCAACCUGGUCUCUGGUCAAAAAGGAUGUGAGAGGGACUAGGUGGGUCCACCUGUAUUCCCUUCAUGGGCUUGUUUCCCUGGCAAGCACCGCAGGUGUGUAUUUCUGGAACGUCAGGGAAGUAGGAGGGUGCCUGGAUUGAUAAAAGACAUCCAGGUAAGUAAACAGUUCAGACGGACCUCAAUCAAAAUGUGCCCCCCCCCAGCCCCUUGCAAUAUGUGAUUCUGCUAUGACCGACCUCCCUCCCUCCUACUAAAGCAGACUGUGACCUCCAGUUUGACCCGGCCCCCUUGUGACUGGUAGCUCACGUAGCAGGAGGGCAAACAGGUAAACAUCAGCCCCAUAGACAUCACUUUGGGUGCUUGUAAAAAUGCAUACGUCUACAGCCUGCUUCCGGAAAUUCUGAUUCAGUAGGUCCUGGGGGAGUCCAGGAAUCUGCAUUUGAGGAGGGCUUCUCCACGAUUCUGAUGCCCUUCUCACCACUGUCAGAGAAAAACUGGGCCUGGUGUUUCCCAAACUUCCCUGACAAUAUGAAUCAUGGUGGCGGGGGAGGUGCUUGUUAAGCCUACAGUUUUCUGGGUCACACCCCCUGAAAGUUCUGAUGCAAGAGGCUUGAGAUGAAGCCCUGGGAAUCUGUCUCUCGAAUAAGCAUCUCAGGUGUGGUACGGAGGACUGUCCUGCAUCUAGACCCAGGCCUGGGCAGAGGAACCUGUGACAGCCAGGCCUGACCUAUUGGCCUGCCCUUAAGGAGCUCAAACCCACCCCUACCAUCUUCGAUUUGUAAUCUUCCAGUACUAAAUUAAAAAAAAUUUUUUUUUUGAA